AUGGCCCCCAAAGACGGAAAUGAAUCGGACAAUGGUGAGAUCCAAAAUAAGAUGACUUCACAAGAAACAGGGACAACAGAAGAGAUAAAGGCGUUAAAACAACAAAUGGUGUCGACAAGCGAUCCGAUAUAUCCCCCUGGAUUUGGCCCCUAUGCUAACACAUCCAAUGUCGUUGGAACUUCUAUGGUGCGCCCUUCGAAUACGCCUGUGAUAAGUAAUCCACUCUUUGUGUCAACUGCCCCGACUAACAGCGUCCCGCAACCAAUGAUGGUGCCCAAAUCCAACAGCGAUCCUCUGCCCAAAGUUCGGCGUGAUCACAGUUACACUCUUGAAGAGACCAUUAAAAUUCGAAGCUCUCAUUCCCACAUUCAUCAAUAUAGUUCCCCUGUCGAAAUUGAGAAGAUGGUCAAGAAUGAGGAACAUAAAGAAAUGACUAAGAAAAUGAAGAGUUUGGAACAGAGUAUAAGAGAUAUGCAAGGACUAGGAGGCCACAUAGGCAUCUCGUUCAGUGACUUAUGUAUGUUUCCUCACGUCCAUUUGCCUGCUAGUUUUAAAACUCCAAAGUUUGAGAAAUAUGAUGGUCACGGAGACCCCAUAGCUCAUCUAAAGAGAUAUUGCAACCAAUUGAGGGGUGCAGAGGGCAAAGAAGAGUUACUCAUGGCCUAUUUUGGGGAAAGCUUCGUAGGGAUUGCAUCUGAAUGGUUCAUAGAUCAGGAUAUCACCAACUGGCACACAUGGGAUGAUUUGGCUCGAUGUUUUGUACAGCAAUUCCAAUAUAAUAUUGUCAUUGUGCCAGAUCGCUCCUUGUUAGCCAACACGAGGAAAAAGACCACGGAAAAUUUUCGUGAAUAUGCUAUCAGGUGGAGGGAACAAGCUGCUAGGGUUAAACCACCAAUGAAGGAGUCAGAGAUGAUUGACAUUUUUCUCCUGGCGCAAGAACCUGAUUACUUUCACUAUCUGCUUUCUGCCGUCGGGAAGACAUUCGCUGAAGUUAUUAAGGUAGGGGAAAUGGUGAAAAAUGGCAUCAAGUCUGGAAAGAUUGUAAAUCAAGCUGUCUUAAAAGCCACAACACAAGUGCUUCAAAAUGGUUGUGGAAAUAUUGGAGGGAAGAAGAGAAGGGAGGAUGUGGCCACUAUUGUAUCAGCGCCUAGGACUCAUGUUCAAGAUAAUUCCCCACAACAUUAUUGUCCUUCCCAAGCUCCACAAUAUUCUGUCCCAUACACUCCAUAUCAUGUUUUUAAUGCACAACCAAUUGAACCCCCUUCUUAUCCACAAUGGCGUGCACCAACUCCACAAAAUCAUCCACCACCCCCCCACAAGUUCAUCAAAAUAGUGCUAGAAUUCCUUUCCGUCCUAGACCACAAUACAAGAAGGGAAAUGGCGUUAAAGAUGAGUUCACUCCUAUUGGGGAGUCGGCACAACAUAGAGAGAUGUUGGUAUUUGAAAAGGGCCAUUCAGGAUUUGACCGAAUCUAAUCGAAUUAUAGUUGAAAGUCCGAGUGGACCCAACAUCAAUCAAAAUCCAUUGCCGAGGCAUACUAAAACAAACAUGCUAGAAAUGAUGAAGGGUCAUGAAGAGUUUGCAUCUCCGUAUAAGCCAAUCCUUAAGGUUGGAACUGGCAUUGAGAAGUCGGCAAAUGUUGUUGAUUUAACAAAAAUGAUGCCUUUCGGGGAGGAAAGUAGGUUAGAAAAGUUGAGUCCAUCAAACAGGCCCAUCUUAACUGUGAAAGGAGCCCUUGAAGAUGUUUGGGGAAGUCCGAGUAAGGCAAAAUUGUUUGUCCCAAAAAGGCCAAACAAGCCUAUCUUGAUCGUGCAAGGGGCCCAUAUUCCUCCUGUGAUUAUCAGGCCAGUAUCCCAGCUCCCAAUGACUAACCCCAAAGUUGUUCCUUGGAAUUAUGAUCCUACUGUCGUGACAUACAAGGGAAAAGAAAUUGAUGAAGAAAUAGAUGAAGUAGGAGGAAUAACCCUUUCAGGAUGA